AUGGAUCCCCUGUUUAUUGCAGCCCAUGCAGCUGCUCUCCGGGUCUCUUGUGACGAGACCAUCGGUUUUACCUCGGUGGUCCUGAGCGCUGGGACACCGGACCAGGACUCGGUUCUAUCUGGUCUUGGAUAUGACCUUCAAUUUGUCGGUCCCGUGGUGAGUCAGAUGCAACAAACCUGGGCCUCUAGUGGCUCUUGUUUGAUGGUGCACCCGGCCGCAGGAUUUGGCAUGUGGCCUAGUGUACAGAAGAACCUCGAGAGCGCCAGGGCCAGCUUUCAAGCCAUCAAAACACAGCUUGAGCCAGUGCUAGGCAGCGUUGGAAAAAGUAGCGGAUUCCUGGGGCGCAACAAAGCGGCUUGGAAACUGGGAAUGCGGAUCAGAACGCUGGCCGUCUACCGAGAGCGCCUCCGAGCACAUCAUCUGGCAUUCAAAGUCGGUCUCAGUAUGAUGCGGAUAAGUAUCAGCUCUCUCCAGAACCAAACCGCACGGGACAGGCAAAUGUCUCUUGCUGCACUCGAUACCGAUAUCCGAGAUACUACGGUCGCUAAGGACGCCUUGAGAAAUGAGUCCUUUGUUGGUACAGACGAGGAAAACGAGAGAAAACAGCUGGAACUUACGUUGGAGGGCCUCAUAACAACGGCGAGCUCCUUUUCUUCCUUUAUAACCUCUUCUCCAUUGUCUCCGCAGCAACAGUCAGGUGUGCAUGGCGGCGCGUCUCCCCAGCCGCAAUAUCAAGGCAGUCAGUGGCAGCAACCCCAAACUCAACCACCGCAAGCGUACUACGGGGGCCCGAACAAGCAACCCCACCCCGGACCCCAACAGCAGUACAUAGGGGGUUACCAGCCGUACUUAGCGGCGCAGCAAGCGUAUUCCGGGAGCGCCUCGGCUCCGCAGCACGCACAACAGGCGUCGUACUGGAGUGGACAACAUCAGCCACAACAGCAUACCGGAGGCUACCAGCCGCAGCCACCGGUACAACAACUACAUAUACCUCCGGCACACGCACAUGUGGGGGGUCAACAACAUUACCAGCAACAACAGCCGUAUCCCACACCACACCCCGCCCCAGCGGCGGAAUACGUCCUUUCUCAUUCUGCGCUGCCUUCUCCGCCCCUUAUUUCCCCGGUGCCGCUGCCGCCACCAACAUCUUUUAUUCAAGAAGAUGAUGGCCAUGGCUCUGUUCCGCCUCCUAGCUAUCAACAAGCCGUGGGAGCCGGCGAGGAGGAGUCCGAUAGCGAGGACAGCGGACCCAACCCUACCCCUUUCAACAUAGCGGCCCGGGAAGGCGACUUUGCAGCGAUCAGGCGGCUUAUCGCUAAUGGAGAGGACAUGUUUGCGACAGGCGAGAUUGGGCAGAGUCCGGCCUACUCGGCGGCGUGCACCGGACAUGCUGAGAUCCUGGAGUAUCUCAUCCAGAAUGGAGCCGAUUACAAGACACCCAACGAAGACGGCUGGACUCCACUCAACGCGGCGGCUACCUGGGGCUGGCCAGAAACACUCCUCAUUUUGCUCCGGUAUGGCGCUGAUCCGACUAGCCCGUCGUAUCUAGUGAGGCGAGGCGCAGAUUUAACGCUCGCCACCAAGUACGGGGUGACGCCCCUCCGUUCGGCAUGUUCACAAGGCUUUGUGAACGUGGCAAGAAUUCUGCUGCAAAACGGAGCAAAUGUCAAUACCGUAUGCGAAGACGGUUUCACACCCAUUUACAGUGCAGCCUCCAGUGGCAACAUGGAAAUGGCAAGACUCCUCCUCGAGUAUAGGGCAGACUUCCACCGGGCUUCCAACAACGGCUGGACACCAGUCAAUGCGGCGUGCGUUGACGGCCACCUCGAGAUGGUGGAACUUCUCCUCUCCCUAAGAGCAGACAUCCGAGUGCCAACCUCUACCGGCAGGACACCGCUCGAGGUGGCAGCCCACAACAACCGCGCAGAUGUGGUACGGACACUCCUCAAACAUGGAGCGGACAUGACCGUCCGUGACGAAGACGGCGAGACCCCCCUAUACUCCGCCGCCAACAACGGCAGCCUCGAAGCCGUCGAGGUCCUCCUCCAGCACCGCGCCGACCCAAACACCCCCAACAAAAACAACUGGACCCCCCUCGCCGCGGCCUCCUUCAAAGGCCACCUCGCCAUCGCCAGCCUCCUCCUCGCCCACCACGCCAACCCCCACACCCCCACCACCGCAGGCCGCACCCCCCUCGAAGCCGCCGCCCGCGAAGGCCACCUCGCAAUCGCCCGCCUCCUGCUCACCCACAACGCCAACCCCAACCGGCCCACCAACUCAGGUGAAACCCCCCUCUACGCCGCCGCUACCAACGGGCACACCCCCAUCGUAACCCUCCUCCUCAACCACAACCAACCCCCGCACGGCUCCACCAACCCCAACACCCCCAACACCCACAAAUGGACCGCCCUCCACGCCGCCGCCCACAACGGCCACCUCGCCACCGUGCAAACCCUCCUCACCCACCCGACCAUCACCGUCGCCACGCGCAACGCCGACGGCCUCUGCCCUCUGCACUCGGCCUCCCGGCACGGGCACGUGGAGAUCGUGCGGGCGCUCCUGCGGCGCGGUGCGGCGCUCGAUACGCGCCAGCGCCGACGGCUGGACUGGCGCUGA